UGUAUUGGGAACAUGUCUGAUAUUCUAUCAAAAUACGAUGAAUGCAUAAAUGUAAAUCGAAUGCUUCUAGCGAGAGAUUUGAGCUCUUAAACGAACGAUCUGAAACUUUGCGGUUAAGGAGGGAUUUCAGGUUGAUUAUAAAUUAUCUCGGAUGAGCAAAAUUGCAGUGCUGUCAAGCAAUGGCGAAACUGGGAUUAGAACAUCAACAUUCUACAAUCAAACAAAACUAAAUACCUUUCCCAAUCGUAUAAAAACAAGACCUUUACUAUUACAUUCCAAAGAUCCACCAAAUCAAUCCACUGGUGGGAGUACAAGAAGAAAUAAACCUGCACAAAUACUAAAGGGAAAAAAGACAAAUAAAUUGCCAAUGUCUAAAAUGAGUACUUGUGUAAAAAGACAAAAGUGUAAAAGAAAAACUGUUUCAGAGUUUAAAGAACUUGGAAAUAAGGAAAGUAAUGGUGUGACAGAUUUACCGACUGGAAAACGAACUUUGGCUGAAAUGGGUGGAGAGGGCAUUGGGCAAACUAACUGUUGUAAAAAGAUCAGACUGGACUUGAAUAAGAAUAUUGAGGAAGCUGGAGAAGACUCAACCCAGAAUCAAUUCUGUGCUGAGACAGGUGUUAAAAACAAGCUGGGUGGACAGGGGGAGGAAAAUCUUUCAAAGAUUGAAAAGUUAAAUGUUGUUGAUGGAAAUGAUUUGAGUACUUGUUCAAAGAGUGGGCAAAGUGAUACUAUAACACUUGAAGAAAGUCAAACAGGCGAUAAAGUCAAAGACAAACGGAUUUUUGACAGAUGCAAGGAAAGUAAAUGUGAUAUUUUAGGUGACCUUGUUGAUGAGAAACUGUCUGAUAAUGAAAUAUUUGAAUGUGCAAGUUCAGUUUCUCAGUGUCAGAGUGAUUCAACAGUAGAAAAAGGUAACAAUUCAUCUGGUGAAAAUGAUGAGGUUUUCAGAGGAGAAUCGGAAAAUGGUAUAUUUGGCAGCCCAAUUUCAAUAACUCAAAGUGAGAAUAGCUUAGAUGAAAAUGGCCAAAACGAUACAGAAUCGAAAAGUUCACAGCAAACAAAUGAUAAUAUUUUGAAUGAGGAAAUGAAAUUGUUUGAUUCACCGUCGGAAGAUGAUUUUGGUUUUAAAAAUGAUAAAAAUAAGAUGUACAGAACAGCAAAAAAAACUGAAAAUGAUAUAUUAGUGUCCCAAAGUUCAUCUUGCCAAAGCAUAGACAGUUUUAAAACAAACUCCUCCGAGGGCAGGAAGCGUCAAGUAAUUCGGAAGAAGAAUGGAUCUUUAGACGCUUUUGUUAUCGUAGAAAAGUCACGAAAAUCCACAGCGAACGAAAGGCUGAAAGAUUCGGGCUUUCACGAGCCGUUUAGGAUCUUAGGCGAGCUGUCUUCUCAAGAAACAGUUGGUUGUUCAAGUGUAGAGUCGAGUCCUUUGUUGUUUAGUUCAAGCAGCUCAUCCACAGGAUGUUCUGGAUCGUUGAAGAGUAAAUCUGUUUCACCAGAGUCUCAGAGUAGCAUUACAAAGUACUUUACGCCACUCAGAAAGAGCGGUUCUAGCGUGUCUUUGAAGAGUAGCAAUAUGUCGCCGAUUUCUGACAAGAAAGGGAGGCGAAACGGUAAAGGAAGGAAAAUUACUUCGCCAUCAAAUUCUCCAGUGACCAACAAGAAAGAACAAAUGUUUCUGGAUCUUGGGCAAAAGAACUUUGGUCACGUAACUUGUCCCACAUGCAAUAUGGUGUACACGAUCGCUCAGCCCGAAGACGAGGCUUAUCAUGUUAAAUUUCAUCAUAAAAUCGUCUCUGGACUUCGCUUUAAAGGCUGGAAGACGGAACGUGUUGUUGAACAUUUCGAGGACGGCCGUGUCAUAGUUAUUUUACCUCAGGACCCACAAUCGCAUUUAAAAAAGGUUGCUACUGUUUUGACUGUCGUUGAUGACGAACUCGGCUUUUCAUCAGAGACCUCACUCAGGAUGAAUGACUCCAAGACCUACUUAUUUAUUGCGGACAAAAAGGUUGUUGGAUGUGUGAUCGCUGUGCUUAUUCAAGAGGCGUUUCCUCUCUUGCCGUGUUCUACACAAGGGGACAAGUUUGAGGUAACAGAACAAGGAGCCUGGUGCUGCAGCACCGCUCCUGUCCGUGCUCAAUGUGGUAUAAGCAGGGUCUGGGUACUACAACAAUAUAGAAGAAAAAAAAUUGCCACAAGGAUCUUGGACUGUGUCAGGAAUGACUUCAUGUUUGGUGGGGUGGUCGCAAAAGAACUGCUGGCAUUCUCAGACCCGACGCCUCUUGGCAAGCAACUGGCAGAGUCCUACUGUGGCAUUGAAAACUUCUUAGUUUUUCGGUGAUUUCCAAGACCGUUGUAUGAGUCUGUCUGCUGAGUUUUCUAAGUCGGUUCGUAUAGUCUCUUACUCCUUUGUGACUGAUUAAAUUGCAGUCCAAUAUUCCAAUAAUAACAAGACCCCGGCUAUCUUCACAAAAUAAAAUUUCGUUGAAUUAUAAGCAGUUGUCAAUGAAAAAGUUUGAUAUAGUAAAUGAAUUUAGACAAAUGUUUGAAUGCUUUUUUACAUCGAAGAAAACCUGAAAAAGAAAUUUGCUCAUGUGAUGAUUGAUUAAAGCUAUCUGCGAAAUUUUGAAUGAAUUCUAACACUACAGCUACAUAUAUAGACCAGCUUGGAAUGAAUCAAACUGCAAUUACGGGCGGUAAUAAAUAACCAUUUCUGUGCCGAAAGUCAGCUAUAUUUUUCAACCAAGCUUAGUGUGUUUACUCAGUCUAAAAUGCUUUUUCUUUUAGCUGUAGUGUUCGGUUCCAUUCUUCAUUGCUUGAAUCAAAAUUUAGUCUGUAUUCCUCCUAUUUUUGUUUCACCUUAUCAAUAGCGGGAUUACACGGAUUGAGAUUUACAUCUAUAGUCUAAUCUAUACUUAGGCUAAUCGUAGUAAUAAUCGCUAACUUGAUUCAGGACUUCUGCAGUAUCAGUGUUUUGGAUGGUAUGAUAUUGAUUGGUUUGUACUCUGUUAAAGACAGGAAUUGUUUAAACCUUAGUCAAUUUCACAGUUGAUAGUAAAUUGGUCUCAUGUAUUUCGUUAUUUAUAGCUUGUAGAUGAUGUAAAGAUCUGUCUACACGAUCCAAUUUUGUUGGAUCCGAAUAACUUCUGAUGUAUGGAAUGUUGUCUGGUAGUGAUAUAGUGGUAGUGGUACUGCAUUGUCUUUAGUUGAUUUGAUGCUCAUAUACAUUCCAAGCCUACAGACUAUAAAACAUCCAUCAGAGGU